CUCCAGUCUCCGUCGUUCUUAGAUCUUGACGCCGCGCACGACGUCGACGACGACGUGCAAGCCAUCAUGGCCAGCGUCAACGGCCAUUUCUCGUCUGCUGGCGACAUGAAGUCUCAUCUCCAGAGUCUCCUUGACAGCAAGGAGCAGCAGCUUCAGCAAGCCGCGACCUUUGGGCAGCGGGUUCUCGCCCAACGAAUGGAACUCGAGGAUCGUAUCAGGCAGCUUCAAGAGGUCGAGGCCGACAAGACAGGUGACGAAGAUGUUGAACCCGAGGCGGUGCAGAAAUACCAGGAGCUCACUGACACGAUGAUGGGCUGGGAUACAGAGAAUGCAUUACUUUCAAGUGCAUUCAACAGUUCAGCAAUGGAACGCUCUUCUAUUCCCGUCUCCGAUCUACCUCGAGACGAACCGGAACGUUCGCGUACUUCAACGAACACCUCCACUGCACAAUCUCGGCGGGCCAAGAAUGCAGCACAUCGUGCUGACGACGUCGAGUUUGCUUUUGAAAUUGGCAGUGGCCUUCUCAAUGAGGUACGACGACUUCAAAGUCUUCUCGGCGAGCGAGACAAGGCCAUUCAAGACAUGAAAGAGGAGAAGGAUGAUCUAGAUGGUACAUUGGAGUCGCUGCGAACCGCUCUCAAGCAACAAGAAGCAAGUGCCGACAAAUAUAAAGAAGAGAACUGGAAUCUUGAAGUCAGCCUUCAGGACCUACGUACGCAACACGCCGAUACCCAAUCCACCGUUCAGCGCCUUGAUUCAGAGCAGAAGCGGCUCACAAAACUUCUCGCUGCCUCCCACGACGCUUCGGAGCAGUAUAAGAAUGAAAAUGCUCAGCUUCAAAGUAUCAUCGAGGACCUAACAGCAAAGCAUGAAACUGACGUGGCUUUGGCACGCAAGCAUGCCGCGGCUUUGGCGCGGGAUAAGAGUGACUUGCAACAGGCCAUAGAUAGGCUUAAAGCAGAGAAGGAAAGGGCUGGCAGGAAGUUUGGUCGGUUCGGAAGCCCGGCGACGCCUAACACCACCGAGGGACUUCAAGACGAGGAGUAUCUUACUCCCGCUGGGUAUGGUGAUGACGUUUUCAGCAACGCGGGCUCGACAAACAGGAGAAUCAAGGCAGACACCUCGUUACUCUUUGGCGACGAAACGGACGGAGAGCUCUCUCCCGAUCAGAGUCCUAUGUCAAGAUCACCGUUCUUUGCUGCCAAUCAUCCCGUCAACGAGAUUGAGGUUCUGAAGCAACGUUUGGCGCAUGCCCACCGGCAGGUUGCGACGUUAAAGGGUGGGUUAAUGCGAGAAAGAAUGGGCAAGGGUCGAGGGAUGCUGGUGGAAGAUGAUGAUGAGGAAGGCUUUGAGGACGUCGCUAAUGCGAAUGAAGGGAACGUCAGGCCAGGCGCUUCAUCGACCAGACCGAGGGGCAGAGGACGUGGACGUGGACGUAUACGUGGACGGGGUCCAACCUUGACAGAGCGACUUAUGGCUGCUGAUAGUCCAUCGUCGGUCAGCGAGUUUGACGAUGAUGCGUCGCCGACGCGUGGUGCUUCCAUACCUCCCAUCCAUUUCCAAGGCGCUGAUGAAGAUGACAUGGAAGAUGUCGCCAUAGAACUGGACGAUGAUGAUGAUAUUUUCAAGGCCGACCUUGAACCAUCAGCAGAGUCUCCAUCGAAGCGUUCGAGUGUUGCAAGUGUAGACGGCAUGGAUCCUGUUUUCGCGAACAUCCUGCGGCGAACACCGUCAACGAGUUCCAUACCUCCCAAUACCAGUCCUUUACAUCAGUCUCUUCUUCGUCGAUCGACAAGAGGUGGUGCCGUUGGAAGAAGAUCCAGAGGAGGCGUGUUCCAAGAGGGCAGACCUCCCUCGUUAGUUGGGCAGCCGGAAGACUUGGCUUUUGCUCUCAGUGGUACAUCUCCUAACAGCGGAAGCAUUGAUGAAUUUGUUCAGGUCGAAACGGCUGAAAUAGCCUGUCAAACCGAGUCUGAGGAGGAGAAGACACUGGAAGCCAUACCAGUACCCGUGAAAGAGAUUGCGCAUAUGGGGGUCCAAUCUGAACCAGAAGUCCGUCCCGCAGUCAUCCCGAUGUCCAAUAUAUCUAUACAAACCGACGUCGAGGAUCGUGUCUCGAAACCUGCCUUACGCGACGCAGGAAUGAGCACGGAUCCUUCCCCCUUGAUGGUGCCAGCGGAAUCUCAAACUCCUUGUGUCUCUACAAAGGAGAUCGAUGUUCAGGUCUCGCCCGUACCUACCGCUGAUUCAUUAGUUCGACGUACUACCAUCACGCAACGUGAUUCACUGGCAAGCGGUUCUCGUUCGCGGCUGGCAUCCAAUGCAACCAUUACCGCCAGUAAGACUUCACCACGUCCUUUUGUCGGUUCUUCCUAUGCAGAGGAGUCAGAUGCAGACACAGAGACAGGAACCGAAACCGAAACCGACAUGGACGAUUAUCAGGACGCUCGACAGAGUAUCAUGCUUGGAUCGACGCCUUCACAAUCCAGGGACGAGUUCCACUCCAUUCGAAUGUCUUCCAUGCACUCCGAGUCGAGAGAUGACUUCCACUCCGUGAUGACCAUGACCGACAAUGAAUACGAGGACGAAGACGAAGACGAUACUGAUACCGAAAGCAUUAAGGCAUCGAGAGUGGGCAGAACCAUGCCCUCUCCUACCCCGGCAUUUGUUUCUUCACCUGUGUCAUAUGAUUCCAAGUCCAUCGAGGCCAUUUUAAGAGACGAGCCUCCCGCAUCACCACCAAAACCCGAACUCAAAGAGAUGUCCAUUCAGACCGAUGAAUGGAAACCUCAGCCGCCUACACCAGCCGUUCCUAUAGCUCCUUUACUGUACCGAGUUGGAUCUACUACCCAACAGUUCCAAUUCAUUCCCCCACCCUCGACUCAAAUAGUGCCAAAUUCCAACGGACCAUCGACUAUACCUCCCGUUGUUCCUACUCCUACUUCUCAAAUAUUCAGAGAUGCCAACAUUCGUCAUCAACGCUCCUCAACAGACUCCCGAAGACAGUCUAUCGAGUCUGCUCUUUCGUCCAUAUUUGAUGAUGGACCGACGCCAAAGGCAACUAAUUCACUGGCUCUUGUAGACAAGUCCCGUCCACCAAUGAUGGCACUACCCCCACCUCCUCGGGCACCCCCACCCCCGGGGAGUAUGCCUCCUCCGAAUUUCAUACCCGAGCGAAGAAUGCCCAUCUCUACUGGAUCUUAUGAUAUUCCUCCUCCACGUCCGUCAUCUCCUCCGCCUCCUGAACUCAUUCAACGUGCCACCACCCCUACUUUCGGAUCUGUGCUUUCAAUCAGUAGGACUACCUAUGGUCCUCGACCACAUGGGUCUAGCAUGCCGCCUAUGCAACAAGGAUUGCGUCCUCUGCCAUCUACGAGUAGCUUCCGAUCUGCUGCGAAUGCUGCAGCCUUGUACGUCCCACAUAACCGAACCGGAAGAGAAAUGUCGACGACGUCACUAGUAACCGACCGGUCGCCUCGAUCGUCGAUGUCCUCUGAUCAGAAUCCGUUCCGCAAUCCAACGACGCCCCAGAAUAGGGCGACGGAACUUCCUGGACGUGGAGAAGGACAUCCCACGGAUCCGGCGAUCAUUCAUUCUAUCACACAAACGAUGAUCGGAGAGUUCUUGUACAAAUAUACAAGGAAGACCAUCGGGAAAGGAUAUGGAGAGCGAAGACAUCGGAGGUUUUUCUGGGUGCAUCCAUAUACCAAGACUCUGUACUGGAGUUCUGCGGACCCAGGAUCAUCGAAUGUAUCAGAGUCCAGUGCGAAGAGUGCCUAUAUAGAAGGGGUGCGAUCCGUCCUAGAUCCUAACCCGAUGCCUCCAGGCUUGUAUCAGUACAGUGUCGUGGUGUCUACCCCUCAGCGAGAAAUGAAGAUUACUGCGCCGACCAAGGAACGGCAUGAUAUAUGGCUUAAUGCUUUGAAAUACCUGCUAUCACGGCCAAACGCCGUCAAUGUCAACUCUCCGGGGAAUACCACUACAGUACCUGACAGUCCGAUGUCUCUUGGUGACUUCGCAGAUGACGACCGACGCCCUAUCAUGUCGAGCCCACAAAGUCAGAGAAGUGGACGGAGCACGCGGCGCGCAGCAGACGUGUUUAACACGACGCCGAAAGGCAAGCGGAGCAGAUCGCAAAUCUCUGUAGGCGGUUCCAUUGGCAAGCGGUCCGGAACACCGGCUGCAGAGUAUCUACGGUGGAACGGCCCGGAGAGUCCCUACAGCCCGACAAAAUCCUUCGUGGACGUCCAUGGGGAUGGCGACGACCUCGAUUUUGAAUUGCACGGCGAGUCUGAUGAUGAGAAUGGAUUCGAAGGACUGGAGAAUGUGCGUGCUUGUUGUGAUGGAAGGCACACCGUUGGCCAUUCUGGGCGACAUCCUCAUCACCACCAUCAUAAUGGGAAUGGACUUGAUCCCAAUUCUGCUGGCCCUUCAGAACAGGCUCGGCCCGUAUCACCGUCUGCGUGGUCGUUCCGUUCGAGUACCAAUUCUCACGAAAGCGGAGGCGCAGCGCUAUUUUCAUGGAGUCGGAGUGAUGGAAAGCUUCGGUUUGGAUCGCGACGCUCUACGAAAACGUCAGUCACCUAGUGAUCUAUGAUUUUACAUUCUCUGUUUCGGAUUGGAAUGGUUGCUUUAGCACAUUUCACAUUUUCCCUGUUUCAUCUACACAUACGUUGCUCUGCAUAUGCUCCUUGAUAAUCCUGUUGCCAUAUUAUGACUAUACCAUUACCACUCAUUUUCUUUUCCAAAUUUUCUCUCUCCCGAAACGCGUUUUGUUAGUAUUGUCAAUUUAUCCUUUUCUUGUGUACGACAUGAUAUUGAAUGUUCAUUCAUACGUUCCUUCAAUCAACCACAUUGUGUCAC